CUUCGAUAUUGCAACUUGUCAUAUUUUCCCGACAUCUCUGAUACCUACCGGAUUGAUAAGCCAUCCCUACAAUCGUACUACGGUGACCUAAUUCUAGACCGUUGGAUGUUUUCCUGCGUUCGUUUCCGCUACUUAACCUAGAGAUGACUCACUCGUUAGACGGCCAUGCUCUCAGACAGCCUGCGUCGUGGCGAUGAGGUGACCAGGCAUAUCGGGCUUGAAUACCAGAAUACCAUGGCCGCCGACGGCAAAGCAGCCGUCUCGCUGCAAGACUUGCCGACCGAGCUUGUUGCCCUAAUCCUUACGCAUGUUGCCGACAUUGCGACACUAGAUAGUCUCAUCCGAGCGUGGCCCGCUGCGUAUCGCGUAUUCGAGUCCAGCGCUGUCGGUAUCACCGAAGCUGUCUUGUCUUCUGGUUACGUAUGCGGGCAUAUCCGAGUCAUUUUUCGUAUUAUCGCCUUGCUGCGAUCUGGAACCCUCCCAAUCCCCAACUUGGCCGAUUUUCGACGACGGGUUAUUGUCGAUGCUAUGAGAUACCCAUCUCGCGUGCGCAGCUCGCGAGACGGAUUCGCCCCAGCCUUCUUGGCCAAGGAGACACCACCGGCAGUAAUACGCAGUCUUUUAGCGACAUAUCGGCAGGUCAUGUCGGCCUCGCUUGGCUGUCUCACCUACCAUCUUGCCCGUUUUAAAACUCUCAAGCCAGAGCAUCCCAUUGACAGGACGAUCAAAAAUCCUGUAUGGGGCCGGGAUAUCCCGACUUGGCAAUCGAGGCCACAAGGAAGGGAAUUUAACGUACGGAACGUAGGCCCCCCAUCUUGGACCGAGGAGCAGCGCGUCAACCGGGCUUUCUGGCGUCUGCAGCUUCUCUACGAUCUCAAAAGAGCCGCAUCAAGAGGUUUAUUAGACUGGCCAGACGAUAACAAGGCUGCACUUUGCGACAUUGUUGCAGUCAGUCGUCCAAUCGGUGGGCCUACGCAUUUAUCUCUUCGGAGCCGCCGCUAUGGGCACGAAAUUUGGGCUGGCUCUUCAGACUUUUACCAUGCUUGGGUGCAUACCGUUCCAUAUAGUGGACAUUAUCCGGGCCCCCCGGAGUACGAAGAGCUGAUAUCCGUUGUCAAUUAUGUUCGAAUCGUUCAUGGCCAGGAAGCCUCUGAACGGUUAGCUAAAGGUGAAGUGUGCCUGGCAGGGUUACAAGGACCUGUAGAGAUAUAUCGAGAAUGGUCGCUAGCUAAGCCUGGCGUAAAGGACUGGAAAACACUCGUUCGUCCAUCUGCGGGCGCCGGGAACUACGAUUACGGGCUGCGAGGAAGCUCAAUACUGAAUAUGGUUGACUUUGACACUUUUGGGCGCUAUGGGUUUGCGUUUUGGUCGUGGGAGCGCAUGUUUGCGUAUGGUCUUGCCAGAAGGAGCGAGUCUGAAUAUGAAGAAUAUAGGGUCACUUAUGCUUGGGAAAGUAUCCUCAGUCCUGAGGAAGUUGCGAGGGCGGAAUGGGAAAUAGGGAACAGGACAUAGAAAGCAUGCUUGCCGUUACAUGACGAGGACGAAUAUAGUGAUAUAUUGAGCCCUUUAAGUACCAACAUAGAAUAUAAUAAUAAUUAUGGUG